AUGUCCUCGUUCCGCAGGCGCACGGCGAUGGCCACGAUCGCCGGCACCCGUCCCUCCCCUUACAACGCCUCGCAGCCGCUACUCUCGACCGGACUGGUCUCGCUCGACGACCUGAUCGGAGGGGGUCUCCCCCUGUCGACCGCAUGGCUCAUCACGGGCGAUGACCACGCGUCGUCGUACGCUUCGCUCGUGCUGAGGUUCUGGCUGUCCCAAGGCGUCGAGUGCGCCCACGACUGCCUCGUUGUCGGCCCAGGCGACCAAGUGCAUGCGAUAAUCGAAAACCUCAUGGACAUUGACACGAGGUCCGAUGCGCCCGCCGCUCAAGACGAGGGGCCCGACCCGAACGAGACACCAUCGUCGACCACUGUCGCGACGGAUCAAAGUGGGGGGGACGGCCAGAGCGAGGCCCAGGCCCAGGCCAACGUCGACGACGAGGACCAGGACAAGAUGAAGAUCGCGUUCAGGUACCAAGGCAUGAAGAAGCACAAGACGACCGUCGACGAGCCCUGUAAAUAGCGUCACCUCGGGCACGGUAGUAUGCCUUGGGACCGUUCGGCUGACCCAUUUUAAGGACCCCUGUCUGAUCCCAUCACUCCAGCGGCCAAAUCCUCGCAAGACGACGUGUACUGCUCGCUAUUUGACCUCACAACGAAGCGCAACAUCACCCACACCGAACGAGAAAGAAUCGAGGUGCUCGAUGUGGACCGUCUGCCGAUUCCGGAAAGCACUCCUCUUCCGAACGAUUUGUGCGAUCUCGUCUUUGACGCGAUCGAGGCCAAAUUGACUCGAGGAGGCUUUCUGUGCGUCCGCUUCACUCUGGUAGCGCCUUGCCAUCCAUCUCCUACCUGACUCAUGCCUAUACCUUCCGUGCAUUCGGAAGAUUCGACGAGGACGUGCCCUCCUCUCGGCCAUCGAAGGCACUCCGGAUUGCUCUGUCCAACUUUGGCGGGCCAGCUUGGGGCCCUUCUUCACCGCCCACAGUGAGCUGUUGCCUCCCCGAUUCUGCCCAGACUCGUUGCUCGACAGAAGACUCGCCUGACCUCUGUCGUUUCUCCCUCGGUUCCCAGUCUAUGUAUCGCUUCCUUGCUCGCCUCCGGCCGCUGCUCCGUCGCUCCACAGCUUCGGUCUGCCUGACCUUUCCUUGCUACCUGCAUUCACCACAAACCACGACCCGGCUGGCGCAUGCGACCGACCUCCAUCUCGCUCUGACCUCCUUCUCCACCUCGGCAACCUCCCUCGCCCAAUUCCCUCGCCACCAAGGCCUGCUGGCGUUUCCCAAAUUACCUACCGUCGGGGCUUUGGUCCCGAGCUCCAUGAAGCUGUCCGUACUCCGAGGUAUAGGCGGAGGCGGGGAAGGUAACGACCUAGGCUUCAGGAUUAAGAGGAGGAGGUUCAUUGUCGAGACCGUCGGGGCGGAUGAACCCGUCAGCUUCGGACCGGCAACGACGACGCCGGUCGUCGCCGCCGUGUCACCGGACGCCGUGGAGGACAAGGGCGCUACGAAGUUCAUGACGAAAUCGGACAAGCAGGUCUCGGUCUCCCGGUUAAUUCACGAAAAGCCGGAGCUUUACGAGUUUUAA